AUCUCAUAUGAAUAUUUAAUUUUGGCACUUGGAAUAACACUGCGUUAUGAUAAGAUUAUUGGCGCUGAAGAAGCAUUAAAACAUGAUCCACGUGUUUGUUCUAAUUAUUCAACAGAUUAUGUAGAAAAAACAUAUCAAGCAUAUCAAAAUUUUAAUGGUGGCAAUGCUGUAUUCACAUUACCAGCUGGACCGAUUAAAUGUGCUGGUGCACCACAAAAAGUGAUGUAUUUAUUUGAAGAUUAUUUAAAACGAUCUGGUAAAAAAAUCAUGGCAAAUAUUCAUUAUUUUACUGCAACAAAUAAAAUGUUUUCUGUUGAAAAAUAUUCGAAAAAAUUAACGGAAAUUUGUGAAAAACGUAAUAUUCACUGUAAUCUGUCAUAUAAUUUAGUUGAAGUAAAUCAUCAAAAUAGUGAAGUUGUAUUUCAACAUAUGGAUACAAAAGAACUUAAACGAAUUAAAUAUGAUUUUCUACAUAUCACUCCACCAAUGUGUUGUCCAGAAAUUUUAACGAAAACACCAAAUCUGACUAAUCCAAAUGCUGCAAAUUAUGUUGAUGUUAAUGUGAAAACAUUACGGCAUAAUUAUUAUGGUAAUAUAUUUGCACUUGGUGAUUGUGCUGCAUUGCCUACAUCAAAAACUGC